CUUUAAUAUUUCGAAGCAGCUCUGCUAGGUAUUGCUGGUCCGACAAAACAUCUUAGCAUCACUAAAGCCACGUUCUUUUUUUACUAUCAUCGUGUAGUUAAUUGACCAUCUAAAUCCCUAGGCCAUUGGAUGACUUUGACCCUUACAUCUCUACCUACAUAUAAAUAAAGUGAGCUUCUCACAGAAACUUGGCGCACCAUGGAGAACCCAGAAGCAGAAAUCGCAGGCGUUAUCCGAUCUUUAACACAGGGCACCCGUAAAGAACAACAGAAAGUCCUGGACGACUAUUUCCUUCCCGACGCCUUUUUUGUCCAUCCAUUCUGUCGCGUGCCCUCGUUCGGAUCUAAACAAGUCCGCGUACCUCUCACCAACUUUCAGCUGACAAUCAAUUCGCGCCUUUUGAUCUUACUCAUCUAUCAAUGGUAUAGAAUCUUGAGUCCUAGGAUAUUGCUGGAGGUUGAUUCAGUAGCUCACGAUAAAAAGACUAAUUCUCUCUACGCCACUAUUCGACAAACCUUCACGAUCUGGAUCGUCCCCUUCUCUAUAUGGCAGGCCAACGUUCAGCUUGUGUGCUUAUUAAACCUGGAGCAUCUGCAAGUGGAUAAGAACAAGCAGCCACUAUUGUCUCAUGGCGAUAAUAAGAAUGUCGGCAAGGCAUCGGGGAAGCGCUACUUCAUCCGUGGCCAACAGGACCAUUAUCAAGUCAAUGAAUUUCUCAAGUUCAUUGCGCCAUUAGGCGCUUCCUCACUGUAUUAUCUGUGGCAGCUCUUCGCAACUUUUCUGUCUGCUUGUGGGGUCGCUCUUCUGUGGCCUGUCACGUCGGUUUACGAGUACGCUGUGGUCCAGCCAAACAACAACGGUCAGCAGCAAGGCAAUGGUAAUGCCCAGAUAGAUACCUCUGAAAACCACUAGGACGGUUCUGAGAGAGAAACGCCUCCCACUCUGCGUACUCAGCCCGCCGUUGCCGUGUGGGAGCUGGAUCCUGAAGUUCUAAGCACACUCGCACUCAUUGACGAAGUUGAGAAGCAGCGUUCUCGUGACAAGAAGCGCAUGCACAAAUCUGGAAGCUGUUACUCAUCUCCGCCUAGCUCGCCGACAUAUUCUUCGUCUGGUCGUUCUAGCAUAAGCUCCAGGACUAGCGCUACUAUAAGCGAAUUUUCGUUAUAAAAUACCAUCCAUGACGUGUGUUUGUCCUGAAUUCACCCUACGAAGAUUCCUCUGUUAUGGUGAUAGUGGCACUUUUAAGGAGGAUCUCCUGGCCUAAGACGAGGACAGAAAAGAGUUCAGUUUCGGGCAGACCUUCUGCGAGAUUGGCGGAUUUUCCACCUCGACCGCAUUAUAUCGCAUGAAGGGCGCCCUCGCUGGGUAUUUGGGGUGAUAAGGGUGCUGGAUAACGGUUUAAAUGAACGUCAGGCAUAACAUGUACUCUUUUCUUUUUACGGGUUCUAGUAUGAGACUAGACAGCGUGCUUUACUUAUGCAAGCCCGCUCUGGGUAUGCUUUUUCUUCCAAUUAUACCAGAAUAUAGAUAACUGUUAGUAGCGCAUGUUUUAUAACAAUACAUGUCUAGACACUUUCUAUUACCA